AUGCGCAUUCAAACUCUAGGAACGGCUGCAUUAGCAGUCCUCUUGGGCUUUGGCACAGUACCAGUACAAGCUUCGAGCCCUUGUCCCCUCUUUGGACCAGAUUUGCCCAUUCCAACAGCACUGGGUGGCGAUGUUUCUAUCAAGAGUACCGUAUCUGAAAUCCUAAAGCUUAUUCCAAGCAUCGAUAUCGACUUUCAGAACACAUCUUUCUCCAUCGACAUCUAUACGGCGGCAGACAAACAACCCCUUUUCACCUAUCAUCACUCAGCCGCAUACCGUGGACACGGCGUCCAUAUCGUCAAUGAUACGACAGUUUAUCGCAUAGGGGACGUGUCAUUCAACCAGCCGGUCACACGAUAUGUGCCCGAGCUAGCAGAUAUCUCUGCAGAGCUGAGGAAGAACCAUGCCUCUCAUCUUAGAUAUGUGGACUGGGAUGUCAUAACCAUCGGCGCACUCGCAUCGCAAAUGGCUGGUAUACCACGAGACUUCCCAAGCCCUGCUUCGACGGACCGCCAACUAGAACGAUUGGGAUUUCCGUCGGUUCGCCCGGUUGACUUUGCCUACUGUGGAAAAAGCGUCUUGUAUCCUUGCAACCGCACUGCCUUCUUUGACGCCAUACGGAACCGUCACCCAGUCGAAGCGGCGUUUUCAACCCCUAUAUACUCCAACAUCGGCUACCAAAUCAUGGCUUAUGCGCUUGAGAAUAUCACUGGAACGAAGUAUCCUGAUAUCCUAUCGCGCCAGCUUAUCGUCCCUCUUGGCUUGAAUUUUACAAGUUAUGCAAAGCCAGCUAGCACCGACUCAUCUAUCAUACCUGAUAACCCAAGCAGCUCUUGGUAUGAUGUCGACACACGCGAUGAGGGACCAGCCGGAGGAAUAUAUUUGUCGACAGCGGACCUACGCAGGAUCGGGCAGUCUAUCUUGACCUAUGAGAUGUUGUCGCCCUCCCAAACCCAAAGAUGGAUGAAACCCCUCAGUUUCACUGCCGAUCCACAGGUUGCAGUCGGCGCUCCAUGGGAGAUUGCUCGCGUUCCUUCCACCAACAGAACCAGUUGGAUGUACACCAAGGGCGGUAAGCUGGGGAUGUACAGCAGUCUGAUAGCUUUACUACCAGAUUGGGGCGUUGGACUCACUGUCCUGGCUGCUGGACCUGAUGCUCCGGGAAUUGUGGGCAUGAUUCCAGGUGCGGUUGUUUCAAAGCUAGUUCCUGCUUUGGAGCAGGCUGCUAAGCGACAAGCAAGACGAAGUUACAGUGGCCGCUACGGAGAUGGAAAAAAUGGCUUGAAAUUAGCUGUGCAGGAUAGUUUACCGGGACUGGGUGUCACGUCUUGGCUUGUUGAUGGCCGUGACAUGUUUCAUUCGAUCCGACUGAUUGUUUCAGAGUCAUCGACUGGCUCAGGAAACGUCAGCAUGAGAUUGUACCCGACGGGGUUGCAGAGGCAAACAGACGGAAAGGCUAGAACUGAGAGCUGGCGGGCGGUAUACGAGAUCAUUGACGCCUCUUCGCCGUCCAGUUCGUACUGUGCUAGCUGGUUCAGUGUGGAUUCCGUCACGUACGGAGGCUUCAUGGAUUACAAAGUCGUUGUUGCAGCGGUACACGCCGCGCCCGUGUUUAUGAACAAGGCCGCUACUACUGACAAGGUUAUCAACUUGAUUGAGCAAGCGGGCAAAGAGAACAUUGAGCUGUUGGUCUUUCCGGAGACGUUUAUUCCUGGUUAUCCGUAUUGGAUCGAGUGCUACCCGCCACUCCAACAAGUAGGGGCCCUUGCCAAAUAUGCCGAUGAGAGUGUCGUUGUCCAAGACGGCGACGAAAUCGCACGCAUCUCGGCUGCCUGCCGUCGCACUGGGGUAGCCAUCAGCCUCGGUAUUUCAGAGCGUAUUGCUCAAGGUUACACGCUCUUCAAUUCUCAAGUGAAUAUAGAUGCAAAUGGCAGCUUGUUGGGCGUGCAUCGCAAGCUACAGCCAACAUAUGUUGAACGCUCUGUCUGGGCGCAAGGUGGUGGUCAUACUCUACGAACCUACAAACUGACAGCUUCAGGGCGGCCUUUCAACCUAGGCGGUCUUUGUUGUUGGGAACAUACCAUGAACGGCGCACGCCAAGCCCUCAUAACGCAGCACGAACAUAUCCAUGCUGGUGCCUGGCCUGCUUUGUCAACCAUGGCUGGCUUCGAGGCCGUGGCUGAUUCUCAAAUCGAGGCUUUGAUGAAAUCACAUGCCCUAACAGCUCAAGUCUUUGUCAUCACUGCUUCGAACUACGUUGAUGAGACUUGUCUCGAGUGGAUGGAGAAGAAUCUAGGCAAGCAGGAGUUUGUCAAGGCGGGCGGGGGCUGGUCUGCCGUCAUUCACCCGUUUUGCUCAUUUCUUGCUGGGCCACAUACUGGAGCUGAAGAGAAGCUUGUCAAGGCUGAGGUGGAUCUGUCCCAGCUUGGACAGGUCAAGGUUUGGGUUGAUGCUGCUGGUCAUUAUCAACGUCCGGAAAUUCUCAAGUUUAGCUUUGACGACCAGCCUUUGUGGGCAGAUGAAAAACAAGCCUCCGAGAGAUCUUCAUUUGUUAAGAACAGUCCCGAAGAAGAGCCAGUGUCAAAGGAGACUCUUUAA